AUGCCUGUUUCACAUCUCACGCUUACGGUCUCGAACCUACCUCAAUCGACGUCCUUCUUCCUCUCCUGCCUGCAGCCUCUGGGCUAUAAAUUUAUCGGCCGACAUGAGAACAGCAUUGGAUUCGGCGCUGAGCCGGGAAAGCCAGCGGACUUCUGGAUCGCCGAGGAAAGACCAGGAGUGCCGGCCGGUGCUGCCCACAUUGCAUUUCCAGCUCCAUCCCGCGAAGCUGUCAGUGCUUUCUUCAUCGCCGCGCUUAAAGCAGGAGGAAAGAUCCAUGGAGAACCAUGUCUGCGAGAUGCGGAACAGGGUUACUUCAGCGCUGCGGUGAUUGAUUUCGAUGGAAACAGCAUUGAAGCCGUCAAUCGGUGCCAAGACAGCAGAGAGAACGAUCGAGCGUUGACCGUGGUUGAGAAUGGAUCGUAUGUCUCCAGGGCCAUGUCGUCCAAGAGCCGAGCUCCUAAAUCGGAGGUCGGAUCCGUUGCACAGAGGAGCACCGUCAGCGCUGCGAGAACCGUGCCGACAAUCGAGCAAAAGGCGAGGUCGGCUGUUUCAUCGGUGAAACAGCCGUCAAUCCAGUCUGCUUACCAGCCGUCGAUGCAGCCCUCAAUGCAGCCAUCGAUCCAGCAAUCUUCUCAGACACCACCACAGACCACCAUGGCGAAACCAGGCGACAACUUGAACGGCGCUAAGGCUGUCGUGGGCACGCUCCUCGGUGCAGCAGCCGGAGCUGCAAUCGCAUAUGCGAUGGUCAAGGGGGAAUCGCAGUCCCAAGCCGAGACCGCUCCACCACAGUACACCGAAGAGCCACUCGCUUAUUCGACUGAGAAAGCACCAACAGAGUACAGGGCCAUCGAGGCAGCGCCACAGAGAGCAAUGUCCGUGGAUGAUGGAAUGUCUGCGUAUGCCCAUACGAUGUAUUCUAAGAACCCCCGUGCAAGCACAAUCUUUGAAGGGCUCGAGCAAUGCACGCAGCUGCUCAGCAAGGCCGCCAGCCUGGCUGGUGGCAACCAGAGCCAGGGCCCUCCUGACAUCCGUCGCGCCUCGAGUGGAAGCGUAGUUUACAGCGCUGGAUCCAACGCCGACAUGCCCAUCCGCGCCAUCGAGGGAGUGCCAGAAGACUUCGAAGACCAGAUGUCCUAUUACAACAAGAAUCCCAGUACUUUCAUCAGCAGCUUCACGGAGCGUCCCCGUCGACGCUUCGAGGAAGACCGACGAAGCAGCUACUCAGGCCACAGCAGCGUCGUCUCCUCGUCCACAGUCAAACCACCAAAGUCAACCCACUCCCGACCGUCCUCGCAUCACUCCCACUCCUCCCGCUCCAUCAUCACCAUCAACGACAUCUACGACAAAUCCUCCUCCACAUCGCGCCAUCCCACCGCCUCCGUCUACUCCGCCACCCACUCAGCCCGCAACAUCCCGCUCCCCAGUGGCUCCGUGACCACCAUCUCCACCUCCACCACCUCGCGCAGCAAACGCAGCAGCCACCACUCGCACGCCAGCUCCGUGGCCCGCCACGUGCCCCUCCCCGCCAGCGUCGCUGGCACAAACACCAUCUUCCUCGACGACGUCGAUGUCGACUCGCAUGUCACCCUACCCACAAUCCUUCCCGAUGGCGCCAGCCGUGUGUCGCGCAGGAGCUCACAUGCCCCAUCAACGUCGUCGAGGCGGCGAUCGCGUUCGGGGUCGCGCAAGGGCUCGGUGGCGAGCGUCAACACUCUGCGGAGCAGUAAGUUCGAUGAGCCGGUUAAGCCGAGUGAUAGUGUUAGUCAGGUGGGGAGCAACGCGGGAUAUUCAACGACGUCGAGGAGGAGUGGACGCAGUAAGCGAUAG